CACAGUUGACACAGAACAUUCUAAAAAAAAUUAACUUAGGCGGUGGGUUGUCAAAAUCGGCUUGCAAAAUUAUUUUUUUUUCACAAAGUCUAAACUGAUUAUUGUGUCUAGUAAUUAAGUUACCUGCGUAAAAUUCAAAGAAAUAAAAGACGUUUCUCGGAGGAAAAGACACAUAAACGACGAAUAAAUAAAAAUAAUGGCGUUGAAUCCACAAUAUGAAGACAUUGGCAAAGGAUUUGUGCAACAAUAUUACGCAUUGUUUGAUGAUCCAAAUCAGCGUCCAAAUUUGGUACAUCUUUUCAAUGCUGAACAAUCAUUCAUGACUUUUGAGGGGGCACAAUUACAAGGAUCCGCGAAAAUUGGUGAAAAGUUAUCAUCAUUAGCCUUCCAGAAAAUAAGUAGAGCCAUUACAGCAAUCGAUUCGCAGCCAACGUUCGACGGCGGUGUUUUGAUCAACGUCCUAGGUAGAUUACAAUGUGAUGACGAUCCACCACAUGCAUACACACAAACAUUCUUGCUGAAGCCAUUGGGAGCAUCGUUUUUCGUUCAACACGACAUUUUCCGCUUGGCCAUUCAUGACUCUGCCUAAUGGAUAAAUAUCAACAUAUACUGUUCAACCCGGUAUUGACAUUUAUUCAUCAACACAAUCGAAUGAUAACCAAUAAUCCGGUCGGCCUCAACAAUACACACUCAAAUUAAUUAAGAAUGCAAUUUUGUUUUGUUCUCUUGUGUUGCAUGAUACAUUUUAAUGGAAAAACGAUAUUUUUGUAAAAAUUCAUUUUACUUCGCUGCAAAGAAAGUUCACCACAAAACAUCUAAAAAUGUAUCGAACACAAAUUAAAAAUAAAAUCAAUAAUAAAAUGUAGCAGUUUA